GCGGUGACGUCAGGGGCGGAAGCAGCUGAGGUUGUGUGGUCUCAUCGGACGAGGGGAAGGAGGAGGUGCUGCGGCUCGCCUCGGUGCGGCAGGUAGCGGUGGGUGGAAAGGCCCGUGGUGGUGGUGGGGAAGCUCCCCUUCCCUUCGAAAGAAAGGGCUUAAGAAGAUUCUGACCAUACUUUGUCUGGUUCUUCUGUUUCAUCAUGGGGGAGCUCUUCCGGAGUGAAGAAAUGACCCUUGCACAACUUUUCCUUCAGUCAGAAGCAGCCUACUGCUGUGUCAGUGAAUUGGGAGAACUUGGGAAGGUCCAGUUUAGGGAUCUAAACCCUGAUGUGAAUGUGUUCCAGCGCAAGUUUGUUAAUGAAGUCAGGAGAUGUGAAGAGAUGGACAGGAAACUCAGGUUUGUGGAAAAGGAGAUUAAAAAAGCCAACAUUCCUAUCACGGAUACUGGUGAGAAUCCAGAGGUGCCAUUUCCCCGAGACAUGAUUGAUUUGGAGGCAAACUUCGAGAAAAUUGAAAACGAACUCAAAGAGAUCAACACAAACCAGGAAGCACUGAAAAGGAACUUUCUAGAGCUGACAGAGUUGAAGUUCAUUCUGCGCAAAACACAACAAUUUUUUGAUGAGGCUGAAUUGCAUCAUCAGCAGAUGGCGGAUCCUGAUCUGUUGGAGGAGUCUUCGUCACUGCUGGAGCCAAGCGAAAUAGGAAGAGGAACCCCACUGCGACUGGGAUUUGUGGCCGGCGUGAUCAACCGUGAGCGGAUCCCUACCUUUGAGCGGAUGCUGUGGAGGGUGUGUCGUGGGAAUGUCUUCUUGCGUCAGGCUGAAAUCGAGAACCCACUUGAGGACCCCGUGACGGGCGACUACGUGCACAAGUCUGUGUUCAUCAUUUUCUUUCAAGGUGACCAGCUGAAAACCAGAGUCAAGAAGAUCUGUGAGGGAUUUCGUGCUUCUCUGUAUCCCUGCCCAGAAACACCACAGGAAAGGAAGGAAAUGGCUGCUGGAGUCAACACCAGGAUUGAUGAUCUUCAGAUGGUGCUGAACCAAACAGAGGAUCAUCGGCAAAGGGUCCUGCAGGCAGCUGCAAAAAACAUCCGUGUCUGGUUCAUAAAGGUCCGCAAGAUGAAGGCCAUCUACCACACCCUGAACCUCUGUAAUAUCGACGUGACCCAGAAAUGCCUCAUUGCUGAAGUCUGGUGUCCUGUUGCCGACCUUGACUCCAUCCAGUUUGCCCUCAGGCGUGGCACAGAGCACAGCGGCUCCACUGUUCCCUCCAUUCUGAACAGGAUGCAGACCAACCAGACUCCACCCACCUAUAACAAGACCAACAAGUUCACUGCUGGGUUCCAAAACAUUGUGGAUGCCUAUGGUAUUGGAACCUACCGUGAGAUAAAUCCAGCUCCGUACACAAUCAUUACCUUCCCGUUCCUGUUUGCUGUGAUGUUUGGAGACCUUGGCCAUGGAAUUCUCAUGACCCUUUUUGCUGUGUGGAUGGUGGUCCGGGAGAGCCGCAUUCUGUCACAGAAGAGUGAUAAUGAGAUGUUCAGCAUGAUUUUCAGUGGCCGGUACAUCAUUCUCUUGAUGGGCAGUUUUUCCAUUUACACUGGCCUGAUCUAUAACGAUUGCUUCUCAAAGUCGCUCAAUAUGUUCGGCUCAUCCUGGAGUGUUCGCCCAAUGUUCACCAAAGGCAACUGGACGGAGGAACUUCUCCGGGAAGUUCCUGUGCUCCAGGUAGAUCCUGAUAUUGAUGGAGUCUUUGGUGGGGCAUAUCCUUUUGGCAUAGAUCCGAUCUGGAACAUUGCCACCAACAAGCUGACUUUCCUCAACUCCUUCAAGAUGAAGAUGUCUAUCAUUCUGGGGAUCGUUCACAUGAUUUUUGGUGUCACACUCAGUCUGCUCAACCACAUCUAUUUUAAGAAGCCUCUGAACAUCUACCUUGGCUUUAUCCCUGAAAUUAUAUUCAUGACAUCGCUGUUUGGCUAUCUAGUCAUACUCAUUUUUUACAAGUGGACAGCCUACAAUGCGAAGAACUCUAAGGAUGCGCCAAGCCUUCUCAUCCACUUCAUCAACAUGUUUCUCUUCUCCUAUGAAGGCAAUAUGCUGUACAAGGGACAGCAAGGUAUCCAGAGCUUCCUGGUAGUUGUGGCAUUUCUGUGUGUGCCAUGGAUGUUCGUUGCCAAACCCUUGGUCCUUCGCCAGCAGUACCUGCGAAGAAAGCACUUGGAAGGGCAGCCCGAGGAACCCCCUGUCAGCCCAGCCCAGAGCCAGCAGGCAGUAGAGGCAGCAGCGGCUGCAACAGGGACUCUCAAUUUUGGUGGGAUACGUGUAGGCAAUGGGCCAACUGAAGAAGAUGCCGAGAUAAUCCAGCAUGACCAGCUCUCGAUGCAUUCGGAGGAAGGGGAGGAGCCUGCCGUGGAGGAGGUGUUUAACUUUGGGGACACAGUGGUCAACCAAGCCAUCCACACCAUUGAAUACUGCUUGGGCUGCAUCUCCAACACUGCUUCAUACCUACGCCUCUGGGCACUGAGCCUGGCUCAUGCACAACUCUCUGAGGUUCUCUGGACUAUGGUGAUCCAUGUGGGGCUCAAUGUUAGAAGUUUGGCCGGAGGAUUUGGCCUGUUCUUUGUAUUUGCCGCUUUUGCCACCCUGACGGUGGCCAUCUUACUGAUCAUGGAGGGCCUCUCUGCUUUCCUCCAUGCCCUUCGCCUACACUGGGUGGAAUUUCAGAACAAGUUCUACUCAGGUACUGGAUUCAAGUUCCUUCCAUUCUCAUUUGACAGCAUCCGUGAUGGGAGGUUUGAUGACUAACCCCCGGAGACCUCUUGGUCCAAAGUGUGGCAGCAAAAACUGACCACCACCUGCUGCUCUGUGUGUGUGUGUGUGUGUGUGUGUGUGUGUGUGUGUGUGUGUAAUACUAGUCAUGUAGCUCCUCUGUUGUGUCUACGAGCUACUAGUCUGCAAGACUUGCCUUGUUCUGAGCACCUCACUGAAGGGAGAAAGAAUUAUAAGGAAGUUACAGGAACUUAGGGGUGAUGGUGGCAGCACUGUAAUCUUCUUGGCAGGUCCUGGAAUGGGGCAUUUUUGCUUGGGCUGCACAGUGGAAAAGCCCUGAGAGAAGAGAUUGUCCUACUAUGGAAGAGGUCCUGGUACAUCCUCAUGUAGUAGUCUGUAGUCCCACUGAUUGCAGAAAUUCAGUAGCGAACAAUGGUUGUGUUGUAAUCCGGGUUUAGUGUCCUUUGGUUCCUUUUGGACUGACUUGUGGUAAAUAUGUGUGCUGUAGAAAUCUCUCUUGGCAAGUUGAUUAGGAGAUGCCCAUCUACCCACAUUCUGCCCCUCCACCUCCAUCCUCUAAAUAGCACCCUGAAUUUCUUCUUCAAGUCCAGAUUGGGCCUGUGAAGGGGUUGUGAUCCAAUUGCUCCACAGAAGGCAGUCUAAAAGCUAUCCAGUCACAUUGCCUGUGGAAGAUUUUCUGUCCCUACUGGCGCCUCUGCUGUGCUUUUCCUUAGUUAAACCACUAACUUUUUUUUUUAAAGAGCAGAACAGGAGGGGCCCCUCACUGGCAUCUGUCACGCAGCCCAGCCCCUCUGACCUCUGAGCUGAGCAGUAGCUGCUAUUCUCUCCCUCUUCUUUUGCUCUUGCUCUCUCACGUAAGCCAAACGUCGUCCCCAAAUCCCCUCUCUCCACCUCAUCUCACUGUGUGUGGGCGUGAGCCUCUGGAAACUUGGAUUGCACACACAUGAUUCUAUAGGAGAGGUGUCCCAAAUAGCAUUGCAACUUGGCAGUGUUGGAAUUGCCCUCCAGACGAGGGUAGGGGGCAAGCUUGCUGGUGCUGUUGGAGGGCCAGCCUGUGAGUGGCUCCACACUGUUAGUUAAUAAGGAAACUUUGACUAACUCUGCCUGAAACUUUGAAUGACUUGUUUUGUUCCAAGGAAGCAAAGGGUCUUACACCUUCAGGAAGCUCCCAUGUAACCCUGAUAUUCAUGACCUGAUGAAAAACGCUGUUGCUCCUAUGCUGUUCUUACCACACCCCAGUUACCAGCAAACAUUUGGAAAGUAAGCCAGUGAGCAACAGCACUUGUGUGUUUAGGAAGGGCUUCCCUUGGAAAAUAGGAAUCUCCUGAGGGCAAUACCUGCCUUCUCUCUGUACAGUCCAAGCACAGGAAAGAGGCUGGACGUUGUGUGCCUGUGUAAACUGUGUAUUUAUGCUCUGUGUGUGUGUGUGUGUGUGUGUGUGUGUGUGUGUGUGUGUGUUUAAAAUGUAUACUUUACUAGAAGUGUUUCAAUAUGAGAAGGGCUCCUCUUGGCACUUCUCUUGAGCACUUAAGGCAAGAUAGCCCAGAUCUAGUCUGGUAGAGGGGAGACUUUAUAGGAAGGUGCUUAUCCAUUACCUGCUCUUGAAUAGAAGCUGUGAAGUUCCAGGGGCUGCUGUGAGUCCAUGAAUGUGAUGUAAGGUAGCCUGUUGUUUUGUGUUUACCUGUUGCUGUUUGGGACAAAGAUUUACAAAUGUCGCAUGCGGUGAAGUCUCCCUGCUGCUCUCAUCAGCCAGUCACUGUAUCUAUUAAACCCAUUGAUGUAA